UAUGGGGAGAAAGAAUCUGUUGGGCGUUUAGUUGGAGCUAAACCUGAAGAUUUCGAGAAAUCCCUCUGCAUCAAGAGACGAGUGAAAUUUGCAUUUGACAAACGUUUCAUAGCUGAUCUAGAAGAGCGUUUGGGAUGCACUAAGGGAAAACUAAAUGAAGAAUUCAAAAUCACAUCCCAGGGCCAAAUCGAAUGGUUGGUCGAUGCCAAGCGCCGCAAACAAAUUUGGGAAAACAUAACAAAAAUGAGCGACCGAACUUCAGGCGAAAUUUAUGAAGAGAGCCAUUUGAUUCAGUUUGACGAGGAGCAGAAUGAGCAUCCGGUUGUCAUCAUCUGUGGCGUGGCUGGAACAGGCAAAUCGACUCUACUCUCCCACUACUACAGUGAAAUAAAGAAGAAGAAGCCUGAUUGUUGGGUUAUCAAAUUGAAUCUAGUUGAACAUUCUGACGCCAUAUUGAAACUCGAUAGAAGCAGACCUGAUUUGAUUGGAUUCCUCAUCAAUCAUCUGCAUGUCGUCGAAAAUAAAAGCCAGUUUUCUCGCUCUUUGCUGAAUCACCGGUUCGAGACGGGCGAUCAGAUUGUUUUCAUGUUUGAUGGCUACGAUGAAAUCGGUGAAGAAUGCCAAAAAAUUGUGAUUCAGCUAAUGAAGUUCAUUCAAGAGAAGAAGGGCAUUCAAUUGUACAUCACUACCCGCCCCCACUUGGCCCACGACCUGCAGUACGAAUUGUGUCAGUUGGCUUAUUGUCUGGAAAAUUUCAACAGAGAGGACCAGAUCAAUUGUCUGAUCAAGUAUUGGAAGAAAGAAUUGCCAGAUGAAGGGCAAGAUAGAGCCAUCAAGAUAUUUGCCGAAUCGCUAGUUGAUCGGGUGUCGCAAACUCUGAAAGACGAAGAAAGAGCUUUCAUCGGAAUCCCUUUGCAAUGCAAAAUUCUUGCCGAGUGCUACCAACAAAAUGUUGGCGACAUUGUGGAAAGCACAGCUGUAAAUGACGUAACAUUCCGAUGUGACGAAUUGGUAUCCCAAAAACUGUUGGCUUUACUUGACGAUCAGAAAUUCGACUUAGUUAGUCUGUACAGCAAAUUGAUGGAUACAAAACGCGACGUGUUUCGAAAAGAAAAAACCAACACUUCCAACUCCAAUCAGAUAGUGGCUAAUGCUAUUGAUAAUUGGAUUAUGAAAAUCGAGUCUCAUUUAACGAAAUUGGCAAUCGAAACUAUCAUGCCUGGACCAAAUAUCCUUGAAAUGUUUACACCAACAACAUCUUUGUACAAAUCCAGCGAUGAUGUGACACUAGAAGAAAAGACUGUUGCCAUCGACAGUCUGAAUUUUGGGUUAACUUUUUCUAAUGGAGAUGGAAUGCAGCCUCAAUUUUUGCAUCGGACGUUUGCCGAGUAUUUAGUCGCCAAAUAUCUGUACGAAGGAUUUCAUCUGGAUGACAAACGUCACAACAAACUGCUGGAAAAUGAAUCCAUUCGAAAAUUGUUUCUGAACAAAAUCUUGGCCUUGAAGCAAUACGACGGAGUUCAAGUGUUUUUCGAUUCCAUGGUGAAGACCUUGGUCGAUGAGGAUCAAGAAUGGCGUUAUAAAAUUAAUCAUCGUCAAUUACCGGAUCAACUCACAAAAUUAACUGAAAAUCUGUUUACUCAGUUUCUUCGCAAUUUUCCGCCCAUUUGGGCAUUCGACGGGAUGAUGACUAUCCAACCUUACUUUGCGAACGCCCUCCGUUUUUCACUUUCAAAUGGGAAAGGGAACAUAUUCCUAUUGUUGUGUGACUGCCUCGAUGCCACAUUCGUAAGACAACAAAUCCACUGGGCAAUGGAUACCUCUUUCAUACGGCAAUACCGUUACUUUUCGGCCACCUUUUUCAAAGAAAACAAGCUCUUUAAACGAUUCAUCAAUUAUUUCGACAUCGAUCCACACGACUCCUCUACGUACGGAGUUAUAGAAAAACUUAUAAAAGGCAUGUUUCCUGACCAUCCUGCUGGUAUCAUCGAAAGCAAUUCUUUCUGGGAACGAGACGGGCACCAGCAAACGAUGAAUGACUUACUUCAGUUUUUGGAAAACCAGCACAUCGCUUUCGACGAGUAUUUCCAUCCCAAUAGGGAACUCAGCAUCAAACCAAUUUUGGUAUUUCUAAUUUGCCACGGCAACAAUCGUAGUCAUCUGGAAAGAUUUCUGAAGCUUUUGUCCAAAUCGAAAGCUUAUUCGGACGAUAUGAACUUCGCCAACUUGUUAAUGAAAGUUUUCCGGUGUAAAGAACAAAUGAUGGCUGGGCAAAUUGCUGAAACUCUGCAUAUUUUACAGGAAAUAGGGCGGUCUACUCUUCUCGUUCAACUUUACGGCGGAGUUUUAUCAAGAGAGCCGGAAGCAUUUCAGAAUAUUUACCAACCGUUUCCAUUAGAGCACGAGGACGCCAUCCUGUUGGGAUGGGAUGACUAUGGCAUGACUCUUCUUCACGGAGCAGCCUUCUACGGAAACGUCGAAAUAGUCGAGCAAAUAUUAGCAAGCUUUCCCCAGCCGGAACUUGACGAUGGAGUUAAAGAAGCAGUGCGGAAGGUGGUGCUUGACAAUUUCACUCCGUUUUACUUUGCCGCUGCGAAAAAUCACGAAGAAAUAUGUUCCAAACUGUUGGUCUUUGUGAAAGACUUUUUUCCCGACGCACUGACCAACGAAUCAACUGAGUUAAACGGAUUCAUUCAACGGUCAGUUGAUCACGCCAUGGAAUCGGAAAAUGCUGAAAUGUUUCAAUUGGUAUUGAACGUCGUCAAGAAAGAACUAGGACAUGACUAUCUACUUCACCUGUUAACACACUUCACAUUUCCAUCGACUUCUAUUUUCGAUGGCUGCAGAUCGGACAAAUUAUUCAACGCCAUGGUGAAGAUCAUCGUCGAUCGAAAUGGUGUUGUAGACUACAAAUGUCUGAAUAACUUGAUUUUCAACACAAAACGAAUAGCAAGGGAUGCUUUACGACACAUGGAUUCUGAAAAUCUGCAGGGGUUGUUAUCGGUAGAAGGCGCUGGUCCCUUCACCAAGCGUUUGCUUACGAGUGACACGUAUCUGUUAUCCUUCAAUUUUCAAUUGUUGUCAAGUUUUCUUUUAAAGAAUUUUAACGAAACACAACUCUUGGAUUUCGUGAAAAUGAUUACUCUUAAAGGUGAUACCACAAUGGUAAAAAGCAGCUGGCCCAUUACGGUCUCUACGGUUCUUCACAGUGAUCCAACGUAUCGCGACGAGAACAUCCAACACCUUCUGCCCGAUUACUCCCCUAACGAUUUAGUUUUCACGCUUAAUGAUGAAAAAACCACAACCGUUCACGACGAAGGAGUUGUGCCGAGGAACAGCUUUUGGGGAGGCUUCCUACGAUCGGCAAUCACGUCGUUAACUAAUAAUUUUAUAACUCGAGAAGACGUUCAAUGCGUUUUCGAGUUUCUAACUUGCGUAUCGGACAAACUCGGAGGUGAUUGCGCUAAACAACUUUUUCUCCACCAAGACGAUUAUGGCUACGUUUUUCUUCAUCUGUCGCAAGAAAUCGUUAAACUCAUGAUGAAACGUUUACCAGAAAAAAGCCAAGAGGAAAUUAAACAAAAGUGGAAGGAACAUGCUCCGCCAAUGACACACGAUUCGUUCUUCAACCACAACUCUACGAGUCGGUUACCUAGUUCCGCAAUCGCCAAACAUUACAGUGACGUCUUACGAUUUUACUUGGAUUAUGGCAGCGAGGAGCAACGCAGCAGAUGCGACGAUAUUCUCACAUCGGUUCGUUCUAUUAAAGGGCAAGAACGCAGUGUAUGGAGUUACAUCUUUGAACAUUGUGAGGUUACGACGACGAACGAAAUAUUGAAAUCGAUGUCGCAAAUUUUCGGUUGGGAGGCCGUGAAAAAGUGGCUGUUUCACGAAGUGGAUGGAUUUCCUCUUUUAUUAAAAGCUGUGUCGUGGGGAGAUGACAUUGAAGGACGGUUGGACAUGUUGCCACAAGAAAUACGAAAUGACAUUCAACAAGUUAUUGAACGAAGAGCUGCCGAGUUUAUUGAUCAAGUGUUUCGACAUCACGAAACUUAUUGUGGAGAACUGGGAGGUCCAAUUUACAAACGAUUAAACACCUUGAUAUUUUUAAUCAAAUACAGUAAUGCCCAGCAACUUGAAGAAUUCGUCAAAAACAUCACUACGCUGCAGGUUCCAACGAGAAUGGAGAAGACGCUUAGCCUAUGGGCUGAGAUGUUAGCUCACCCAUGUGACGAAGCCAAAACGAACAACUUUACGAAAAUGAAUACAUUUUUAAAAUGCAUUUCGGAGAAAUUGGACACAAAUGCCGUGAAAGAAUUGGUGCUCCACAAAAUCGAUGACAAUCCCGUCAUAUAUUAUCCUGCGGUAAGAGGGGAGGAGCAGAUGGUUGAUGCCAUGCUCGCCCAUUUGGAUACCAAAAAUCGCAAAAAGAUUCAACUUCAAGUCAAUGAGUUUUUGAACAAAACUUUCGAGGUCCCCUCCGAUGGAACUGUGCCAUAAAGCCUCAUUUAAUUCUAUUCUGACAAUCCAGUUAAUAUCGUGAAUCGUCAAUACUUUUCGCUUGCCUCUGA